UCCCUGACACGAGAAGUGGAGUCAGCAGCAGGAAGACACAGAGGUCUUGGCGAUUUACGGGAUAUUGAAGUGUUAAACACAAACCAUAUAAAAUGAAAAAAAUGCCUUUGUUCAGUAAAUCCCACAAGAAUCCGGCUGAAAUUGUGAAAACUUUAAAGGAAAACAUGGCCUUACUAGAAAAGCAAGACAAAAAGACUGAAAAGGCCUCUGAAGAGGUUUCCAAAUCGCUACAAGCAACAAAGGAGAUUCUGUGUGGUACAGGAGACAAAGAACCUCAGACAGAGACCGUGGCUCAGCUGGCACUGGAAUUGUAUAACAGUGGCCUACUUGUGACGCUGAUAGCCAACUUACAUCUCAUAGACUUUGAGGGCAAGAAGGACGUAUCUCAGAUAUUUAACAACGUCUUGAGAAGACAGAUUGGUACUCGAUGUCCCACUGUGGAGUAUAUAAGUUCUCAUCAGCAUAUCCUCUUUAUACUACUAAAAGGAUAUGAAUCCCCACAAGUUGCCCUGCACUGUGGAAUAAUGCUCCGAGAGUGUGUACGUCAUGAACUGCUUGCCAAAACCGUCCUUUACUUUGAGCAGUUUGGAGACUUCUUUAAAUAUGUGGAAAUGUCAACAUUCGACAUAGCUUCUGAUGCCUUUGCUACAUUUAAGGAUUUGUUGACAAGACACAAAUUGAUGGUAGCAGAAUUCUUAGAACAGAACUAUGAUACAAUAUUUAAUGAUUAUGAAAAACUUCUUCACUCCGAGAACUAUGUCACAAAGAGACAGUCUUUGAAGCUGCUAGGUGAACUAAUUCUGGACUGGCACAACUUUUCAACAAUGACAAAAUAUAUAAGCAAGCCAGAAAACCUGAAGCUCAUGAUGAAUUUGCUUCGAGAUAAGAGCCCAAACAUUCAGUUUGAAGCAUUUCAUGUGUUUAAGGUAUUUGUGGCAAAUACAAACAAAACACAGCCAAUUGUGGACAUCCUGUUAAAAAAACAAACCAAGUUAAUUGAAUUCCUGAGCAGCUUCCAAAAAGAGAGAACAGAUGACGAACAAUUCUUUGAUUAGAAGAAUUACUUGAUCAAACAGAUACGAGACUUGAAAAAACCUACUCCAUGAAAGCCUCAUUGAUUUCUCUGAUUGGCAUCUACCCGAAAUUAUCUAAAUAAGUGUUUUAAAUUGUUAUGGCAUUGUCAGUGCCUCUGUUUGUUUCAAUUUAGUUUAUUAGCUGCCAAGAGUAUAAAGGUUUUAUAUUAAAACUUAAAAUAUAUAUAUAUAU